AUGAUGAAGAGUCAUGAUUGUCAUAUAUUAAUGGAACAACUCCUACCAUUAGCCAUUCGCAACACAUUACCUCAUGAGAUUUCAGCAGUUUUGAUUGAGUUGUGCUCAUUCUUUAGACAAUUAUGUGCCAAGGUAUUGAAAAUUGAAGAAUUGGAAAAAUUGCAAAACCAAAUUGUCCUUACUUUAUGCCAUAUGGAAAUGUUAUUUCCUCCCUCGUUCUUCACGGUUAUGGUUCACUUGGUUGUUCACCUUGUUGAAGAAGUGAAACUUGGAGGUCCUGUUCAUUAUCGAUGGAUGUAUCCUGUUGAAAGAUACUUGGGAAAACUUAAAUCGCAUGUACGUAAUAAGGCAAAUCCAGAAGGGUCUAUUGCAGAAGGAUACCGUUUUGAAGAGAUUCUUACAUUUUGUUCAAGAUAUCUAGAAAAUAUUGAAACUAGAUGGAAUCAACCUGGACGUGUAGAUGAUGACCCUAUUGGUGAUAUCCAAACAGGAUCACGUGUAGCCGAAUUAUUUCCUAUAUUUGGAAAACCCGUGGGUGGAUCUUCUUAUUACACCCUAACACCAAUUGAAAAGUUGCAGGCUCAUAGACACAUUUUAACGAAUUGUCCAAUAGUUGACGACUAUCUAAAGCAGUUCCGAAGUAUUACUCAGAAUCAACUGAAGCGCAGUCAAAGAAGUGCUGCUGAGAUAGAUAAGAAGGUUCAUAGAGAAUUUGCUCACUGGUUCCGCAAUCGUAUUUGCAACAAUCUUGACAACAUUCAUGGACCAGAUAAAGAUGUUCUCAUUAGCCUUGCUUAUGGCCCUUUUGAUAAAGUUAAAAGAUUUACUGCGUUCAAUGUCAAUGGAUUCAAAUUUCGAACAUUGGAACGAGAUAAUCUUUUAAAAACUCAAAAUAGUGGCGUUUUUGGCUUGUUUGGGACGCGAAGUUAUUCAAGCAAUAGUGAUACCCAAAUGAGAUUUGGAGGGGUCCCUUACUAUGGAAGAUUGGUAGACAUUAUUGUGCUUUCCUACGAUGGCUUCACAGUGCCCAUGUUUAAAUGUGAAUGGGCUAAUACCACAAACCCAAGAGGCAUUAAGAUAGAUAAGUUGGGUUUUACUUCUAUAAACUUUACAAAACUACUACAUUCUGGGGAACAUGAAGAUAAUGAGCCGUACAUUCAAGCGUCAGAAGCUCAGAUGGUUUUUUAUGUGGAUGAUGAGAAUGAACAAGGGUGGAGCAUACCUAUUCAUUUGAAGCCAAGAGACUUGUAUGACAUGGGUGGAAAUGAUGAAAUUAUGUCACCCAUUGAGCCAUAUCCAUCACAAAAUUUGGAACAAAUUUUUUCGAAUGAUGAUAUUGGAACUUCAUCAGCAAAUGAUAACAAUAAUUAA